ACUCAGCAGUCAGCAGGACGCACUCACAGUCACAUGUAUAAAACCCAACACAAAGAAGUGCCGGAGCAGCAGCCGCCGCUGGCGCUAGCACAGAGCCCCGGUCAGCAGUGCUCGUCGUCGCAAGAAUGGCCAAGAGUGGCAUCCAGUACGCCGUGGUGGACGCCUUCACGGCGGAGCCGUUCAAGGGCAACCCGGCCGCGGUCUGCCUCCUCGAGGACGCCGCCAAGGCCGCCGACGAGCGGUGGAUGCAGUCCGUCGCCGCCGAGUUCAACCUCGCCGAGACCGCCUUCCUCCUCCGCGACUCCUCCGCCGCCGCCGCCCCACGGUUCCAGCUCCGAUGGUUCACCCCCGCCGCCGAGGUCGAGCUCUGCGGCCACGCGACGCUGGCCUCCGCUCACUUCCUCUUCACAUCCGUCCUCGCGGAGCACGAGACGCUCAUCGAAUUCGCGACCAAAUCGGGGAUUCUCACCGCCGAGAAGGUUCCUGCACCGGCGAGUGCGGCGGCCUCAGGUGAGGGGAAGCUGUUCAUCGAGCUGGAUUUCCCCAUGAUUGACCUUGUCGAUUGCCAUCCUGCCGAGCUGCCGUCCAUCCCCCAGACCCUGAACGGAGCUUCCGUCGUCAGCGUUCAGAAGUCGGCGACUGCUGGUGACCUCAUUGUGGAGCUUUCAUCAGGAAAAGAGGUUGCCGAUAUCAUUCCUAACAUCCAUGAAAUUAAAAACUGUUCAGGCAGAGGAGUUGUAUUUACAGGGCCAGCACCUGAGGGAUCUGGUUAUGACUUCUUCACACGUUUCUUCUGCCCAAAACUAAACAUAGAUGAGGACCCCGUUUGUGGCAGUGCGCACUGUGUUUUAGCACCCUUUUGGGGCGCGAAGCUGGGAAAGCAGAAACUGACAGCAUUUCAAGCAUCUCGACGGAGCGGAAUAUUACACCUGGAGUUGGAACCUGCAGGCAGGAGAGUGCGAAUUCAGGGAGAAGCUGUCGCUGUGAUGACUGGUACCCUCCUAGCCUAGCAGCUCUCCGUGCAUGCUUCCAUUCAUGAAACACAAUAGUCAAUGAAUCUGCUGGCAAAUCUUUUUGUCCUGCUAUGGGAUUGUUUAAAGUUAUUCAGUUUCGGGAAUAAAAGAUCCUGAACUUUUCUUGUGGACUGGAAUAAAGUUGGAGUGAAAUCGUGAUGUCCUAAAUUACCAGCUCCUUUUGGUGCGUCA